AUGCAAUCGAAUCUUUUCACUGACACUGCAAAGAAAAACUCCAUGGAAGCAGCAACAGAAUCUAGAAAAAUGGGUUUUCAUCUCUAUGAUCCAGAUGAGGAAGAUGAGCAGGAGGAAAGCGCCAAGGAGCCUCAACUAAUUCCUACAGAAUUAGUCCCCCCUCGUGCUGGCAGUUCCUCUCUGUUGAAACUUCCUUCCUCGCGUUCAGAGUCCAUUGAUGCCCAAUCGCCAUGCUUUGUCUACGAGUUAACUGGAAUUGUCAUUCAUUCAGGACAAGCACAUGCCGGACAUUACUACUCAUUUAUCAGAGAUCGGGGACGAAUGGAACCAUAUAAAGGCUUUGAUCGAGAGAGAUCGCAAUCAAUAACCGCCAUGUUGGGUCCACAUAAUUUUCAAAAUCCAAUUCGCAAUUUCGUUAGAACCGAUACUCUAACCCAAGGGGCAGAUGAUAUCGCCACUGGCAAAGACGCAAGCCAACCUGAACGAUGGUUAAAAUUCAACGACACCUAUAUUGAGGAAGUCGAUAUGACAGAUGAGUUUCUUCAGCAAGAAUGCUUUGGAGGGACAUACCUCGCUGAAACUCCAGUCGACGAAGGACGCUCUCAAAAACCCCGGUUUUCCGUUGACCUAGUUCAUAGUCCUGUGCCACGAGGGAGCCACCGAUCAGUUCAAUUCAGUCGACCUCUCCACUCCAAUUCAACAAACACCACAUCUGUAACGCGUCAACCACAACUUUCCUUGGGACAGACUUCCAACCACCUUCGUGCUUCUCCCAUUCCAAGUGGUAGACCAUCUUCCACUUGUCUUUUUGCUCUCAGUGGAAGUAAUGGUGGAUUAGAUGGCAGAAAGGAUUCAUUGACUGGGGAGAUACGCUCUGACUCUCCAGUGGAUUCGACGCUUCCGACUGCAGGUAGUGGGACCAACGCUGAUAACGCUUCAUCGUCUGCUGAUGAAAUGCUUCAUCGGAUUAGAAAACAAAAUCUGGCAUUCUUGAGAGAUCAGAGUAUACUUUCACCGGAUUAUGUCAGUUUCACGUAUAACCUAGCCCAAGGAGUGCUUGUGGACACAGCUGCAUUGCAACUGGAACCGGAGCGAGCAAUAAUGGGCUGUCAAAUGGUGGCAAACUUUCUCUUUGCCACCUAUCUGGCACUCCACGCCUCCGUGAAGGUGUCAAUUUCACCAGAACUUUGCAAACGACUCCUCGGUCUUUGUGCACCAGCACCUCAGAAUGGUGGAGAGAAGUCAAGUCACCAUCAUACCUCGGCAUCAGAACAGGCUAGUCUUCAAGAAGCAGGCACGAAGUUGGACACCCAUUGGAUGGAAACCCUACUUGCUUUAAUGACUGCAAAUGCGCAAGCUAUUUCCUGGUCGCUGGGCUUUCUUGUUCGCUCACCAACCAAGCCUAUUUUGAAUUAUGUGCUUGCGUGCCCAAAACCCCAACUGAGACAUCAAUCUGCUCGGCUUGUCGGAAUUGUACUGAGCACAUUCUAUGCCUCAAAGGACGCAAGUAUCCUUGACGCGGCACUCAAUAAUUUGGUGGAUUAUCUUCUUGACCUACUCUCUGUUGAAGUGCCGACAUACACUCACCAUUGUGGUUCCUACUUCGGUCUCCUUCGGGGUUAUGUUGAAACCUGCCCUCACGCCAGUGUCCACCUAAGCAAUCGAAGUGGAACACGACGUCUACUCUGCUUCUUGGUUGAGGAGGACUCUGAACACGAGGAAACUUUAUCAAUCGACACAGGAGCACUGUCACCAAUUCCGCCCAAUCCCAUUUCAACGUCUAUUGGAACAGAAGCUGGACCGCUUUCAAUUGCUGUACCUUCAAUUGUCUCACCACAAAAAGACGCUGGAUUUCCUACCUGGGCGAGCGCCCUGAGAAACUGGACAGCAAGUCAGGGUAAAGAAUUGGGAAAUUUCUACCUUCUCUUGGCACAUAUGCUUCUUCAGUCCAACUUUGACCAGUUCAGGAACUGUCGUAAGUCAACUUACUAUUUAAAUUAA